GGGCAGCCCGGCGGGCCCCGGGCGGAGUCGGCGGCGGGCGGGGACUGCGCGAGGAGCUAGCGGGGAGAUCGCCGCAGCGGCGCAGGGAACCGACGCCCGGCGGGCCCCCAGGCGCCGGGAUGUGGAGCGGCCAGCCUCACCCGGACGAGGGCCACCCGCCGCCCCUUGAAGCUGUCCCAGUCCCCUGGAAGAGUGUGGGCCCCUACAAAAGCCACAGGGAGUCCCUGGGAGGCCUACCGGAGACCCCUGCAGGGGAGGAGGCCCAAGGAGAGGAGGGCCCUGCAGCCACCCAGCUGGACGUGUCGCGCCUGCGCAGCUCUUCCAUGGAGAUCCGAGAGAAGGGCUCGGAGUUCCUGAAGGAGGAGCUGCACAAAGCCCAGAAGGAGCUGAAGCUCAAGGAUGAGGAGUGUGAGCGGCUGUCCAAGGUGCGGGAACAGCUGGAGCAGGAGCUGGAGGAGCUGACAGCCAGUCUGUUUGAGGAAGCCCACAGGAUGGUGCGAGACGCCAACAUGAAGCAGGCAGCGUCAGAAAAGCAGCUGAAGGAGGCCCGGGGCAAGAUUGACAUGCUGCAGGCAGAGGUGACAGCCUUGAAGACGCUGGUCAUCACGUCCACACCAGCCUCUCCCAACCGCGAGCUCCACCCGCAGCUGCUCAGCCCCACCAAGGCCGGACCCCGCAAGGGCCACUUGCGCCAUAAGAGCACCAGCAGUGCCCUCUGCCCCGCGGUGUGCCCUGUUGCAGGGCACAUCCUCACCCCGGACAAGGAGGGCAAAGAGGUGGACACGACCCUGUUUGCAGAGUUCCAGGCCUGGAGGGAAUCGCCUACCCUGGACAAGACCUCCCCGUUCCUGGAAAGGGUGUACCGGGAGGAUGUGGGCCCCUGCCUGGACUUCACCAUGCAGGAGCUCUCGGCCCUAGUCCGGGCCGCCGUGGAGGACAACACGCUCACCAUCGAGCCUGUGGCUUCGCAAACCCUGCCCACGGUGAAGGUGGCCGCUGUUGACUGUGGUCACACAAAUGGGUUCCGGGCCCCGAUUGACACAACAUGUGCCCUGAGUGGGCUGGCCUGCGCCUGUCGUCACCGAAUCCGGCUUGGGGACUCCGAGAGCCACUACUACAUCUCACCAUCCUCCCGGGCCAGGAUCACGGCCGUGUGCAACUUCUUCACCUACAUCCGCUACAUCCAGCAAGGCCUGGUGCGGCAGGACGCGGAGCCCAUGUUCUGGGAGAUCACGAGGCUGCGGAAGGAGAUGUCACUGGCCAAGCUCGGCUUCUUCCCCCACGAGGCCUAGGGCAUGGCCCAGGCCCGGAGGGCGCCUCUGAGCUGGAGAUAACACCUGCCCCAAGACAGACUGACAGACGGGGUCCUGGAGCCAGCCCUGAGCCAGGAGCUGAAUGGAGGAACAAAUGGCCAGGCCUCGGAGGCAGCACUGAGCCGGCACCAAGUGUCCAGCCCUGGACAGGACCUCAGGAGGUGACCUCCUCUCCUCCUCAGUAGUACUACAGCCACCAGGAGACUUUCAAGAAAGCACCAAAGACCAAGGAGCUGGGAGCCGUUACAAAGGGGCUCAGCCCUUGGCAGGGGACCUCUGGGGCAGCCAGCACCCCCUUGCUAUCCCAGGAGCUGUUGCCUGCUGGUGCCUCGCUGGUCCCAUCUCCAGGGUAUCUUCCUCACCCUUCCAGUUCGCAAGCCCUGGGCACCAGCACCCCCUAGUGGCCAUGCUUCACCCCAUUCCCAGAUGGCCUCCCCACCGAAGGCCUAGUGGACCUGCCAUCCCAGGUGCCCACAGGGCAGCAGAGUUAGGAGGGGCGGGCAGGGCCUCCCCGGCUGUCUUCGACUCCAUCCUGUAUCUGCCUGAGAUGGAUCGGGGCCCUCGUCCCCCUCCCUCCCUGCCGGCCGAGCCCUGUGCUGCAGGGAGCCCUGCCUCCACCCCUGCUGGGAGGAUGGGGGCACUGUCUUCCCAGAGUCAAACACAGAUGGGCCACAGGAUGCCCAGGCCUGUUUUCAGCUGUGCCUGGCCAUUCAGACAACAGGGGCUGAGAUCACCCAGCCCUGCAUGCAGGCCUGGGGUGGGGCGGGCAGGACCCGGGCCCCUCCUCACCCCACACGGUGCCGGGGAGCCAACCUGGACACAUCCCUCACCAUGUCCGAUUUCCUCCUCUGAAUGGAAUGUAGCACGAUCUAUUUAAUA